CCCCUUUGUUGGGUGCUGCGCCAUUUCGUGCAGGGUUAAAAACAGCUUAUUUUAGCCGCAAGAAGACGAUCGUAGUACUAGCACUAGUGACCGAUUUAGCUGAAAUAUAAGCCAUUUAAAUCUUUAAGCUCCCGUAUAAAUCGUGGGGUGAAGUUCUGCAUUCUGAGGGUGCUGCUGGAGUUGUAGUUUAUGCUGAGAGCARCCAAGACACCUGCCCGCACACACUGGCCUUGCCCUCAGUGUCAAAGAACUGACAGACGACCGCCGUGCACACAGACGCUAUGGAUCGGUCCCCCACCACCAGCGCCCUGAUGGCCAGCAACGUGACCAACAAGACGGACCCUCGCUCGCUCAACUCCCGGGUCUUCAUCGGAAACCUCAACACGCUACUGGUCACCAAGACUGACGUGGAGGCCAUCUUCAGCAAGUAUGGCAAGAUUGUGGGCUGUUCUGUGCACAAGGGCUUUGCCUUCGUCCAGUUCGUCAACGAGAGAUGUGCCCGGGCCGCCGUAGGUGGUGAGGACGGACGCAUGAUCGUGGGACAGGUGCUGGACAUUAACUUGGCCGGAGAACCCAAACCCCACAGGUCAAAGACCACAAAGCGCUCUGCGGGAGACAUGUACAGGUCUGAUUCAAUCAGUCCCACAUUUGAUCUGGACUACGACUUCCAGAGAGAUUACUAUGACCGAGUGUACUCGUACCCGUCCCGCGUGCCCCCUCCUCCUCCACCCCUGUCCCGAGCAGUGAUCCCAUCCAAGCGCCCGCGGGUCAGCAUGACUGGAGGGGGUAGCCGCCGCACCAAGGCCAGUUUCUCCUCCAAGAGCAGCCAGAGAGCAUCCUCAAGAACAAUGAAAACAGAUGACCUGCAGACCYUCAAGAAGGAGCUGACGCUGAUUAAACACAAAGUAGACUACCUGCUGGAGAGCCUAGGCCGCAUGGAGAAGGACCACGGCAAGAAGUCAGAUGGGAAAGGUACCAAGCCUGAACCUGGAGUGGUGUCCUCACUGCAGCAUUCCAGCAACAAGAAGGAGGAGAGCAUCAAGAGGGAGAGGGAGAACCAGGAGCUCAACGACUCUGAGGAGGGGGACCUGCUAGAAGAGGAGGUAAAGAGUCAAGAAAGGGAUGAUGAUGACGAUGAAGAGGAGGAAGGAGAGCAUGUGGAUGGAGACGAUGGUGACAGUGUCAACGGAGAUGAGGACUCAUAGACAGACGGAUGCACACUUGUACAGACAAAUACAUCCACACAACUUCCAGUGGGACCUCCGACUCCUAUUUUAAUUCCCACACUAUGAAAUGUCACACUCACCUGCCCCCACUACCACAGGUAUAUUUUUUCUUGGUGCAAUUUCAGCCCCCUCCUAUCAUUGUUACACAUCUAGCAUUGUCCUGCAGUCAAUUACAUUGGAACUAGCUGUAGGUAGCGAGCAGUAAUAGGUGAUUUGCUGUGCUGCUGUUCCUUUUUUUUGACCAGCCGAGAGCAGAAAUGGCCAUUUAUUCUGACCUGAGCCACAAGUGAAAUCACAUUGGCAAUCAAGAGAUGACAGGUUUGAAGAAACUUGAUUUUUGGGCCCACCUGAGUAUGUAUCUUCCUUAUAUUCAUGUCAUUAUUUUUAUACUAAGUUGUACUGUAAUAAUAAAUUGCAAUUAAAUACUCUGA